GGGGCGCUCUCGCUGGCAGCCCAGCGCCGGGGCACGCCUGGUCGUGCCGGAUCCCGCGGGGCGCGCGCUGCUGCUUUAGGCACCUGGGCCCGGGUGCGGGUGUGGGAGACCUGCCGGCCGGCGGGAAGCCUCGGUGGCAGGCUUUAUGGUUGCCGGACCUGGGACGCGCGCCCAGGCGCCCCACCUCCCCGGAGACCGGGGCAGGGUGGGUGCAGCCCGGAUCUAGGGGUAUGGUCGCGGAAGCCUUGGGCACAGAGAGUCGCACAAGUGCCCUGCUAAUGGUCGCGACCCCGGUUACGAGCGCGCAGAAAGUUUGGAGGUUUGGCAAGGAGGGUGGUGCCGGCUUCCGCCCGGUGGUGGCAGAACUGCCUCUACGAGCGCGGCCUCCACGUGGGCUGCGCCGCCAGGCGUCAGGUCGGGCCUAAGAGACACGCUCUACAGCUGGGAAACCUGAAGUUCAGGAAGGAUAGACUGGGAGGAUAGAGGAUCUGAUUUUACCACUCAUUAGCUGUAAAUCUGGUGCCUCGGGUUUCAUGUCACUGGGCUCAUCUUUGAGUGGAGGAACCUGACUGACCCAGCUGCUUCUGCUGGUGCUGAUUUUUGCCUCCAGGACAUCAAGCUUUGUAACAUCAAGGUCACCAAAAUACAUUGAGGUUUGCAUUUCUUUAUUGCUUUGUCUUGAAGACAGAACGAUGCCAAAGAAAGCAAAGCCUGCAGGGAGUGGGAAGGAAGAGGGCCCGGUUCCCUGUAAGCAGAUGAAGGUAGAAGCAGCUGGGCGGCCUUCAGCUUUAAACUUUGACAGUCCCAGUAGUCUCUUUGAAAGUUUAAUCUCGCCCAUCAAGACAGAGACUUUUUUCAAGGAAUUCUGGGAGCAGAAGCCCCUUCUCAUUCAGAGAGAUGACCCCGCACUGGCCACAUACUAUGGGUCCCUGUUCAAGCUAACAGAUCUGAAGAGUCUGUGCAGCCGGGGAAUGUACUAUGGAAGAGACGUGAAUGUCUGCCGGUGUGUCAAUGGGAAGAAGAAGGUUUUAAAUAAAGAUGGCAAAGCACACUUUCUUCAGCUGAGAAAAGAUUUUGAUCAGAAAAGGGCAACGAUUCAGUUUCACCAACCUCAGAGAUUUAAGGAUGAGCUUUGGAGGAUCCAGGAGAAGCUGGAAUGUUACUUUGGCUCCUUGGUUGGCUCGAAUGUGUACAUAACUCCCGCAGGAUCUCAGGGCCUACCGCCCCAUUAUGAUGAUGUCGAGGUUUUCAUCCUGCAGCUGGAGGGAGAGAAACACUGGCGCCUCUACCACCCCACUGUGCCCCUGGCACGGGAAUACAGCGUGGAGGCCGAGGAAAGGAUCGGCAGGCCGGUGCAUGAGUUCAUGCUGAAGCCGGGGGAUUUGUUGUACUUUCCCAGAGGAACCAUUCAUCAAGCGGAUACUCCUGCGGGGCUGGCCCACUCGACUCACGUGACCAUCAGCACCUACCAGAACAACUGUUGCUGUAUGACUUCCACCUACAAAACCCUGCAAAGGAAGCACAUAUUUUAUGUGCUGAGAGAUCAGCAUACGCCCUCCAGGUUGAGACUCAACGAAAGAUGCAGGGUUGGAUAUCACAUUAAGUCACAAAGCAGUGAGGCUGCCAGUUCAUGGGGAGAUUUCCUUUUGGAUACCAUCUCGGGGCUUGUAUUUGAUACUGCAAAGGAAGACGUGGAAUUACGGGCCGGCAUACCCCGGCAGCUGCUCCUGCAGGUGGAAUCCACAACUGUUGCAACAAGACGAUUAAGUGGCUUCCUGAGAACGCUUGCGGACCGGCUGGAGGGCACCAAAGAACUGCUUUCCUCAGACAUGAAGAAGGAUUUUAUUAUGCACAGACUCCCCCCUUACUCUGCGGGAGAUGGGGCAGAGCUGUCAACACCAGGUGGAAAGUUACCAAGGUUGGACAGUGUAGUGAGACUGCAGUUUAAAGACCACAUUGUCCUCACAGUACUGCCAGAUCAGGAUCAAUCUGAUGAAGCUCAAGAAAAGAUGGUGUACAUCUAUCAUUCCUUAAAGAAUAGGAGAGAGACACACAUGAUGGGGAAUGAGGAGGAAACAGAGUCUCAUGGACUUCGCUUUCCUUUGUCACAUUUGGAUGCACUGAAGCAAAUUUGGAACAGUUCCACUAUUUCUGUCAAGGACCGGAAACUUACUACAGACGACGAAAGGGAAAGCCUGGUAUUAUCCCUCUGGACAGAAUGUUUGAUUCAAGUAGUCUAGUGCCUUUGCAGAAUCAAAUGCCUACUAUUUUAUAUGCACAUAUUAAAAGAAAAGCAAAGACCUGAGCCGAGGAGAGGAUGAAUUCAAGUUUCCUUACCUGCGUAUCUAUUAACAUGGGACCUCCCUAUUAUAGGUGGUCAUUUGGCCAAGUGUACUAACAGGGGCACAUGAAAGAACAGCAAAUUAUCAAGUGUCUCAGAAAAUGAAAAAACCAUAUUUUGACAAGUUUAUUUAAUCCAGUGUGGUAGAAAAGGCACAAUUCCAAUGUGUCAUUUAGAAUUGAAUGUCAUUAACCUGGCUUUGUUCUUUGGAAGAAACAACUUCUUUAAAGAGCUGCUUUGGCUCUAGAAAAAUUUCCAACAAUUAAAAUAAGAAAAAAUU